AGUGCCACAACCCUUCCUUUGUUUGAUGAUGUGUCACAGCCACAAGCUGGUUGACAGAUCUGAAGAUCAGCUGUUAGAGCUUUUACUCUUCUUCAACCAACAGUCUCAUCUGCUUUUUAAAGAUGAACCAGCAGGAUUGGACACGCAUCUUUGAUGAAGAAAUGGCAAUUCUAAGUGGUAAAGGAGACACUUGGAAUCUGUUGUUUGAUGAAAGUAUUGAGCCCAAUAAUCCAGACUAUGGCUGGACGAAAUACUUCAGGAAAACAAGUGCAAGAUUCAGCUGCACCUCAUGUAGGAGAACUUGGCCUUCAAACCGGGUCAUGGUUAUUUUCCACAUGCGCCUAAUUGGUGGGCAGGGCACUGUCAAGGUGAGGCCUUUACGUCAAGAAUGCAACAGUUGUCCCACUGCAGCGAUGGUGAAGCCAUUGGUUGAGCCAGACAACAUUCAUAUCCUCAUGACGAACCUGGUGAAGAAAGUUAGAAGAAAUUGCUACCAUGAAGAAAUCGAAGAGCCAAACAGGGUGUUCAACGCCGUUGAUGUCAAGAGUCCUCAUGAGCCUGAUCAUUGUGAGGGAUGCAGGCUAGGAGUCUGUGACAGAGAUUGAGCUAAUAAUGAUAAAGCUAUAAAAUCUUCUACAAAAUGCCUCUUUCUUUCUCUCUCUAUAUUCAUACUUUUGUGUUUGUCAUUCAGUUUAUUAAAUCCAUGUUCAUUUGUUCUUGCAUAAGAAUACAUUCAUUUAUAAAUUGUAUAUGAAUGUUUCAGCAUGAGAUAUAAAAUGUCUAUGUACUAUUUGAAUUCAAACUUAAUGUGUCUCAAUAGGUUUUCAUGAAAAGGUAUUUCUAACUGAUUAGUUAUUGUGGUAAACUGGCUUUUAAAUAUGAGAAUAGAUAAAUGUUUAACAUUACGAAUGGGUCUGAAAAAAGUAUCUUAUUACACAGUUUUAAAAGGAUGUACCUUUUCAAAAAAAAAAGAUGUGAUAAUUUUGUCC